UUCUGGCCAUAGUAAGGCUUUGGUUUGGUGCUUUCCUGGAGGUGCUGCAGCUUUCCCCAUGCUGCCACGUUCCCUUUUCACUGAGGCUGCACUGCUUUUUCCAGACCUCCUUCUCCGACCAUUGACGUCACAGCAGUGGGGCUAUGGCUACGGCAGCGAGCUCUGAUAAGCCUAAAGUAGAGAUAAUUAGAUGGUGAGAGAGACACGGACGUCGCCGCGUGGGUUAAUGCGAUUUGCCCUCCCUGCAGGGCAGGGAUCUGGGCCAAACUUUUCAACGCUGCAAUGACGGAGCAGCUUAGAGAGGUGCCAGAGGGAAGCUGGAGAUGGUGGGAAGGUGCUUUGCUUUUGGAAACCUUCCAUUCCUCCAGCAAAAUGAGUGCUCUGUUCCUUUCCCGUCGUGCCCCUCCCCACAGAUCUGUGGCUGAGGGCAUGCAGUGCUGUGAUUUCUCCUCCCCCAAAGCCCUGGCAGAGCUUUGCAGGUGGGAGCUCAGUGCCUGCACGAUGCUCUGCUGGAUGGAUAGCUUGCUUGAGGAUAGGAGUCUGUUGGUAGGGGAGUGAGUGGCACAUGGGGGCCAUCGCUUUGUCUCGAUGGCACUGGUGUGGCUUGGAAUGGGGCCGGAUGCAGCAGGAGGUGAGGAAGGAGCGGGACGUGUGAUGCAAUUCCCCAUUGCAAUAAGCUCCACACCCACAAAGGUUGUCGAGUUUACAGCCACCUGCAGCAUGGAUGCUGUCCCCAGCACAAGGCAUGGCAUGGAGCUGCCAAUACGGCACAGUGGGCUCUAGUUGGGGCUUGGGGGCUGUCAGGCAACCUUCUGACAGGGAGUGCUGGUGCCAGGGAGCAGCUGUGGAUGAUGAAGGCUCCAGCAGCAACACCUGGCGUGUCCUCACUGGGCUGCUUUCUAGGGCUGGAACUUCAGGAGAGGUGAGGAGCAGGGCUGGGGCUGAGCUGAAUGCAGAGAGAGUCCUUUGGGAGCAUCCAAAGGGGAAUUUAAGAGCGAAGGGCUGAGAUGGGGAAGUUUGCUCUGUGUCCCCGUUGAACUUGAUGGCCUUUAACGGUCCCCAUUUCCUUGCCUGGCUUUUCCUACAAGUUGCUCUGUUUUCUGGGAAUGCUGCUCAGUUCUAGCCAUGACCCAGCGACCCAGCAUGCUCUCAAGCUAAACAAGCAAACACGAACCAGGGACCAACGGCAUAGAUUGCCACGACGUGGAGCAAAGGCGUAUAUGGGAAAAGCAUGCAGCAGCAUCCUGUCCAAGGGCUCCUUGCACAAACAAGCACUGCAAAGCCAAGAAAGGAAAACAAAGUGGCGGUGUUUGCACAGCUGCUUGCUGGCUUUGGCACCCAUGGGAUGCUGCUGUCAGACCGUGACAUGGAAAUCUGGGGUCCUUGCUGCAUUACCUACAUGCAGCUUGCAGCGUGAGGUUGCGCUCCUUGCUGCCAUCCCUGCAUGCUGAGGUUGAGGCGAGCUGCCAAGAGAUGCAGUUGCAUGUGUUUAUUUUUGGAAGUACACAUCCCGUGUGUGUGGCUGGGGAAAUGCAGGCAUCCCGUCCAGGAUGGAUAGGCACCAUUGGCUUGGCUGGCUCUGAACCAGAGCGCUCAAAGCGAAGUGCUUCGGUCAGGGGGCACCCACUGGAGCAGUGUUGUCUCUCUGCAGGUCUGCCCAUCUGCUCUGCCCGAGCACCGCACGCAUGGUAGCCGCCCGGGGCCACCAGGGAUGCAGUGAGGUGGCCAAAACACAAUGGCCCCAUCUCGCACCAACGGGUCACACUACGCACUGACAGCCAUCGGGAUGGGGAUGCUCAUCCUGGGCAUCAUCUUGGCCGUGUGGAACAUUGUGCCUGGCUUCGGACACCCCGAUAAACCCAAUGCUGGGAAUAGCAGCAAGCCCGACCGCGGUGGUGGGGGCAUUUUUAAGAGCAAGACAUUUUCUGUGGCCUACGUGCUGGUUGGGGCAGGUCUGCUGCUGCUGCUGCUGUCUCUCUGCUUGAAUGUCCGUGACAAGAAGAGGCAGAGCGAGGAUAUCCCCAGGGUGGUGCAGCACCAAGCAUCCGUGGAGCCUUCGCAGCAGGAGGAGGACAGCCAAGAAGAGGAUGAAGACGUGUCCUCCCGCUACUACGUCCCCAGCUACGAGGAGGUGAUGAAUACAGGCUACUCAGAGCCCCACGACCCGGAGCGGAACCGCAGGAUCAGUGUCUCACUGCCCUCCUAUGAAUCACUGACAGGGCUUGAUGAGGGCACGCAGCCCCCAGGAGCAGCCAGCGCAGAGCCUGGCACCGAACGGCCACCAGGCCGGCACAACUCGCGUCUCAGCAAGCGCCUGAAGCCCCUCAAGGUGCGGAGGAUCAAGUCGGAGAAGCUGCAUCUCAAGGACAUCAGGCUCAACCUCGGUGAUGGGAGCAGCACCGGCCCCAUCACAAUUGAGCCGUUGACCCCACCUCCAAAGUAUGAGGAUAUCCAGGAAAAAGCACCUGGAAGCCAACAGUUGACUUAGGAAGGACGGGUUGGUCAUUGCGCGGAUUGGAAACGCUCUGAGAGGGCUGGUCAUGGAGUGCAGGAGUGUUGGAUGCUCUCUGGAUGCUGAGGUGCUGAUGUGGAGGGAACUGCAGCAUUGCACAAAUAGGAGUGGGUCUUCCCAGGACAGCGUUGUGUCAAACACCACGGGGAAACGAUGAUGUUGUGAAGGAUGUGAAGGCUGGAAGAGUCAGACGUGUGUUCUGCGUUUUUUCAAGUUAAGGACCACCUAACGUGUCUUCUCUCCUUUGUGCCUUGCCCCAGCAAUGGAUUUCCAAGCCACCAAACUGCUAUUUAAUAAGAAUUUUCCAAGAGGAAAAAGGGAAACGUUCUGUCUUUCUUUUUUUAUGUCUUUUCUUUUUGAGCAAGGCAAGUAAAAGUGUCAGGUUAGUGAUGUAGCUGUCACCACUCCGGACACCAGUGGGGUUGGGGAUAGUGGCACAGGGCUGGCCAAAGUGCCUGUGGUGUUGCAUGCUUGCUGGUGCAAAGAGGAAUGAAACAAGCCUUUAAGCUUGUCUGACCUAUAGGCUUUACCCAUAGGAGGUUUCUUACUGGCAUCACUGUCCAUUCUCCUGUAGGAGAGGACUGUAUUUCUUGCCUCAAUGGUUUUCUCUUUUGUGUGUUGUGCUGCAAAUCGAAGGGACAGUCCGUCUGGGGCUGGAAACUGCCAUAGUGUACAACUGCCAAGAGUUGUUCAGGGUGUUCUGGGUGAAAUGACAAGACCAUACAGUGCAAGCAGUCCUUUUCUAAAUAAAUAUUUUGUACGUGG